AUGUCUGUCUCAAAGAUUGCGGGUUUCAUGCUUAGCUCGGCCGCCAUGGUCGCUGGCCACGGUUUUGUCUCGGGUGCUGUUGUUGAUGGUACCUACCACGGAGGCUACCUCGUCAACAGCUACCCCUACUCCAACGACGCGCCCGAGACUAUUGGAUGGGCCGAGAAGGCUACAGACCUCGGCUUCGUCGACGCCACCGGCUACUCUGGUCCUGACAUUAUUUGCCACAAGGAGGCCACUCCUGGUGCGAUCUCCGCCGAGGUCAAGGCCGGUGGUGAUGUCGAGCUGCAGUGGAACACUUGGCCCGAGAGCCACCACGGCCCGGUCAUCAACUACUUGGCUAACUGCAAUGGCGACUGCUCCAAGGUCGACAAGAAGACUCUCAAGUGGUUCAAGAUCGCUGAGUCCGGUCUGAUCGACGGCAGCAACGCUCCUGGUAAAUGGGCAUCUGACGAUCUCAUUGCCAACAACAACAGCGCGUCCGUGACCAUCCCCAGCUCCAUCGCCGCUGGUAACUACGUUCUCCGUCACGAGAUCAUCGCCCUGCACUCUGCCGGUCAGGAGAACGGUGCCCAGAACUACCCCCAGUGUCUCAACUUGAAGGUCACCGGCGGCGGCAGCGACGUUCCUGACGGUGUUCUCGGAACUGAGCUCUACAAGGCCACCGACCCCGGCAUUUUGGUCAGCAUCUACAACCAGCUGAAGGAGUACACCAUCCCCGGUCCCGCUUUGUACAAGGGCGCCUCCUCCGGCUCCUCCGGCUCCAAGACCACCGCCGCUGCCACUACCGCGACUACCGCCAGUGCCUCAACCGUGAGUGCCUCUCCCAUCCAGAGCUCCUCUUCGCACCACCUCACCCGCACUCGCACUGCCCGUCCCACUUCCAGCCCCUCCGGCACCCCUACCCCCUCAUCCACUGCCACGUCUGCUGCCUCCACCGACGCUCCUUCUACCGUCACCGAGACUGCCACUGCCACUUCUUCUUCUGCUCCUCAGGUUACUGACGAGCCUGCUACACAGACCGCCAGCGACCCCGCCGACAGCGUCACCAUCACCGCCAGCGCCGGUGGCCAGUCUGCCCAGAGCUCCGUCCCCGCCUCCGGUGGUGAUGCCUCCGAGCCUAGCGCUACUCCUGCCGCCAGUUCUUCUGCCGGCUCCAGCACUGGCUCCGGCUCCAGCUCCAGCUCCGGAUCUUCUUCCUCCGAUUCCGGCGACUACUCCUCGUACCUCAGCUCCCUGAGCGCCGAGAAGCUCCUCGAAGUUAUUCGCUCGACCCUGAAGUGGCUAGUCUCUGACAACAAGGUGCACGCCCGUGCUCUGUCUCACUAA